AUGAAGAUUGAGGAGGUAAAGAGUACCACGAAGACGCAGCGCAUCGCCUCACACAGCCAUGUGAAGGGGCUGGGGCUGGACGAGAGUGGCCUGGCCAAGCAGGCGGCUUCGGGUCUCGUGGGCCAGGAGAACGCACGAGAGGCAUGUGGCGUGAUAGUCGAAUUAAUCAAAAGUAAGAAAAUGGCUGGAAGAGCUGUCUUGUUGGCAGGACCUCCUGGAACUGGCAAGACAGCUCUAGCUCUGGCCAUUGCGCAGGAGCUGGGCAGUAAGGUCCCUUUCUGCCCGAUGGUGGGGAGUGAAGUUUACUCUACAGAGAUCAAGAAGACAGAAGUGCUGAUGGAGAACUUCCGCAGGGCCAUUGGGCUGCGGAUAAAGGAGACCAAGGAAGUCUAUGAAGGCGAAGUCACAGAGCUAACUCCAUGUGAGACAGAGAACCCUAUGGGGGGAUAUGGCAAAACCAUUAGCCAUGUCAUCAUAGGACUCAAAACAGCCAAAGGAACCAAACAGUUGAAACUGGACCCCAGCAUUUUUGAAAGUUUGCAAAAAGAGCGGGUAGAGGCUGGCGAUGUGAUUUACAUUGAAGCCAACAGUGGGGCCGUGAAGAGGCAGGGCAGGUGUGAUACCUACGCCACGGAAUUCGACCUUGAAGCUGAAGAGUACGUCCCCUUGCCGAAGGGGGACGUGCACAAGAAGAAAGAAAUUAUCCAGGAUGUGACCUUGCAUGACUUGGAUGUGGCCAACGCCAGGCCCCAGGGAGGACAAGACAUUCUGUCCAUGAUGGGCCAGUUAAUGAAGCCAAAGAAGACAGAAAUUACAGACAAACUUCGAGGGGAGAUCAACAAGGUUGUGAACAAGUACAUUGACCAGGGCAUCGCAGAGCUGGUUCCAGGUGUGCUGUUUGUCGAUGAGGUUCACAUGUUGGAUAUCGAAUGCUUCACCUACUUGCACCGGGCCCUGGAAUCUUCUAUUGCCCCCAUCGUCAUCUUUGCCUCCAACCGAGGCAACUGCGUCAUCAGGGGCACCGAGGACAUCAUCUCUCCUCAUGGCAUCCCGCUCGACCUUCUGGACCGAGUGAUGAUCAUCCGGACCAUGCUGUACACCCCACAGGAAAUGAAGCAGAUCAUUAAAAUCCGAGCACAGACAGAGGGAAUCAACAUCAGUGAGGAGGCACUGAAUCACCUGGGAGAGAUCGGCACCAAGACCACCCUGAGGUACUCGGUGCAGCUCCUGACCCCAGCCAACCUGCUUGCUAAGAUCAACGGGAAGGACAGCAUUGAGAAAGAACACGUUGAGGAGAUCAGUGAGCUGUUCUAUGAUGCCAAGUCCUCGGCCAAAAUCCUGGCAGAUCAGCAGGAUAAGUACAUGAAAUGAGAUGGCUGUGACUCCCUGAAAAGAGAGACCUGGGGGUGGCUGGCCUGGCUCUAGCCUGGGUACAGAGGGCUUGCCCUGCUCGUGCUGGAGGCUUCAGGGACACUUGGGCACGGUGGCAGCAGUGUCACUGCCUGUCAUCUCCUGCCAGUUCUUUAAAAAUUAUCACAACUUCUCGUAUGUUUGCACCUCAACUGAUGUGUUUUCUAAUAAAUCGUUGUAGGUUAUUUUGA